GAACGACAUGACAGAUUAGCGGCAGAGAAGUCCAUUAGACGGACUCGAUGACAGCCAACUUUGUUGGCGCUGGGGCUCUGGGAUAUGUCUUCAAAUUUGACGGCUACGCGGUCAAGGUGUCGCACACGGCCGCAAAUGAGACUGCGGUGUUGCUGGAGCUCGGCAGGACGCCGUUCUCUGUCGGGUUUUUCGGAGCAAGCGAGGGCGAGCUGCCGGACGGGCAGUGCGCCCUUCUGCUGGAGCUUUGCACAAGAAGUGUUGCAGCAGAGCUCGAAACUCUACCGGGAAAGAGGCUUGAGGGAGAAGAAGCGCAUGCGAUUAUCGCGAUGGCAGUAUCAGCCGUCGCACAGCUCCACGCUCGCAAAAUCAUUCACCAGGACAUCAAACCCUCGAAUCUGCUGCUCGACAAGCACGGCGCGCUGAAGAUAUGUGACUACAACCUGUCACGCCAGGCGCACGAGCCGCUGGCUGGCAGCACGCCCAUGUUCUCCUCGCCGGCGUUACUGCGGGGGGAAGAUGACCAGUACGCAGCUGACUGGUGGGCUCUGGGCGUGACGCUGUACCAGCUGUUGCACGGGCUGGACUCCUGGCCCUUCGCGCCCGCCUCCGCGCUGGCGGCGCUGGAGCGCCAGCCGCCGGCGCAGCAGCUGGAACUGGUCAGCCGGGCGGUGCAGCGCGGCCGCCUGAGAUUCAGGCCGCUGUCGGGACUUCCCGGCGCCGCCAAGACGCUGCUGCGGGGGCUGCUGCAGCCGCAGGCGGAUAAGCGCUGGGGGCUGCUGCAGGUGCUGGCCGGCGACUACCCGCCCGGGGCCAGCUACGCGGCGGUGGCGGCGCAGUACCCCGCCCUGGGACCCGACAUGGAGCACUUGCUGGCCCUACGGCACCUGUGCCGCCUGUCGCCGGCGCAGCUCUGGCGCUUCCACAGUGACACACAGGCGCUGGCGGCGCAGCAGCCCGUCGUCGUGGCCACUACUGCCGCCGCCGUUGCCGUGCCCUCCUCGGCGCCCCUGGCAUCAACAACCUCGGCACUUGCCUACAUCAGUAGCGGUGGCAGCUCCGGCGGCUGGGCUGCGGCUGCGGAGCAGGCCCUGCAGGCAGACCGCCGCGCCACCGUCACGGCCGCGCCCUCCAACGUUGCCGCUCUCGUCGCGCCGCUCAAGCCGCCGCGGCCGUCACUUCGUGCGCUAGGGAGCCGCAUAUUCCGCUCAAUGCUGAGCGGCGGCCGCCGGCGCUCGGACGACCUUUCUGCCCUGCACGACCACGACCAGCAGUACGUAGACCAACCGCCACCGCCGCCACUGGCCGUACAGCCGCGCUCGCCCGUGCUGCUGCCGCAGCCGGUAGGCGCCACCAUGUUUGGAACCGCGGCGGCGGGGCUGGACGGGGCGCCUUCCUCGCCGCCGGCAGCGGCGCUGCUGCUCGCACACAACAGCGUCAGCAGCCUCACGGGGCAGACCGAUGCCUUCUCGCUCGAGCUCGCGCGCCGCCGUGCGGUGGCGGCGAUCGCGCGCGUUGCCGCGCUCGCCAGUGGCAAGAAGGCCGGGGCGGUGGCGGUGGGUGGCUUGGUGGCGCCGCUGGUGCCGCGAUCAGAGCGUGCGGUGCGCUCCGUGUCGGCGUCGGCGGCCGUCGCCGCGGCGGCCGCGGGGCUGCUGGCGGCGGAUGGGCAGCGGCUGGUGGUGACCAGCAAGUUUCAGCCCUGUGAGGACCACACGCCGCUGAUCGACGUUGAGGCGCUGCGGGCCGCGGUGGGGCACGCGCUGGGGCCGCAGCAGUCGCUUCUCCCACCGCCGCCGCCGCGCGCGGACUCGGGCUCGUACGAUGGCGAUGAUCUGGAGGGCGGUGCGGCACGUGGACGCGUCAUGGGCAUCGGAUCGGAGGCGGGCGGGGGGCUGGCGGGCGCGGGGGUGCUGGGCGUGAGCGCCGUGGGCGGCUGCCCUGCGGCCGCGCUGCGGCGGUGCGGCACUUCUGGGCUGGAGGGCCCGGCUGCGACCGUGGCGCCAGGAGCGACGGUCAAGAAUGGACAGGUGCAGGACGUGUGUGUGCUCGAAGAGAUGCGGCGGCUGAUGAUGGCACGGCGGCGGAGCACCGCCGCUAGCACCAAGACGCCACCAGCAGCAGCUGUGGAUGAGGAUGGGCCAGCCAGCGCGGAGGCGGCAGCCGCUGUCUGUGCGAGUGAUGCCGAGGGCAACAGCAACAGUGGGCCAGCGGCUGUGGCAGAGGCGAGCAAGGAGCUCCCGCAGCUGCGUCUGCAGCGGCCGCAGCCGAGCUCCGCAUCACCAGAAGGGGCAGAGAAUGCAGCCGGGGCGGUGGCCACUGUGCUCAACAGGGCCGAAUACUCAUACCCCGCCACACCCAACACGGCACGAAUGGGUUCGGCGGCAUAUCCAACGGCUCCCCACCUCCAGCCCAGUCCUGUGGGCACUGCCAGGCCCCCCAACGCCUUCGCUGGCUCUGUCGCGACCUCCACGGCAGCUGCAGCGGCUGCCGCCAGGCAGCCGCAGGGCUACAGCGGCGCCGCCUCGCCUGACCUGCAGCUGCAUAUGCAGACGUCGCAGGCCUCUACAGCACUGUACGGACUGCUGUCCGCACACAGCCUCAAGCUGCCGCCGCCGUCGCCCUCUACGCCGCUGGCACCGCAGCUGGAGCCGGCGCAGCUGCGGGCGGGUGCCGGGGAUAGGGAUGGCAGCCGAGCAGGCGGCGGCAGCGGAAGCAGCCAUCUGGGUUUGGGCGGCAUCUCGCCGUUCUCUUGCGCCAGCCGCGACGGUGACGGCGAGGUCGACAUCAAGCUUGCCUUCGCGUCGGCUGGCGACGGCUGCGUCAAGGGCCAGGGAUGCCGCGGGUCUGGCGCCACCGGCGUUGAGUCAACUGCAGCGCAGAUAGCGGCGGAGUUGGCUGCGACGUCACGCGCCGAGCUACGGCGCCCCGCCGCCGCCGGCAGCGAGCUGGUGCUGGCGGCGCUGGCGGCGCAACUGGCGGAGCAGCAGCUGCUGCAUGGCGCGCUGGCGGUUGUGCACAUCGGCGGCGCCGCCAAGCGGCUGGACAUGCUGCCUCCCGCGCUGCAGCAGGUGCUUGGGCCGCCGCCGGCGGCUUGCGAGGCUGCGAAGGGGUGUAAAGAGCUGCUCCCGGCUGGCGGCUUCCAGGCCUGGGAGAAAGCUGCAGGUGCAGAUGCGCCGAAGACUUUCCCGGCCGUAGUGACCGAGGUAGUCGAGCCACCCAGCCGAAGCACCAGCAACCCCGGUAACUGCGACGGCGUCAGCAGCAGCCGUGGCUACAGCGGCAGCGGAAACGACAGCGUCGUCCUGACCUGCAGCCGCACCGUCAGCAGUGCCAGCGGCGGCACAAGCCUCUUCAGUCUGACCCUCGGUGCCACGGGGGGCGCCACUGCUGGUGGGGCUGCGGGCGGUGGCGGUGCCCGCGGCAGCGAGCAGCAGUCCGCGGCGGGGGGCUUCCUACUCGACCUCGCUGACUUGUGCUUGCGCCUGGAGGCUGAGGGCUCGGACCUUGAAGUCUCGGCCGCGACCGCCGACCCAGUCGUCCGGGUGCUGGAGCAGGCCGAGCGGACCCAGCUGUCGCACGGCGGCAGCGAUGCGUUGCAUGCUGAGGCGGAGCAGGAGGAAGCGGGGGAGGAGGCGGGAGGUGAUGGGGAGCUGGGAAGCUACGAGUACGAGGAGCGGCCGACGUGGGGCUCCGCUUGGUCGGGUGCGGCUGCUGCUGGUGCCCGUCGCGGCCUCCCUGGCACCGCCACAUCCAGCAGGAGCAGCAGCCGGCGUGCGGUUACGCGGCCUCCGCUGGCUGGGACCAGCGCCGCCUCUGCUACUGCUGGCGGGCUGCACCUGGAGCGACGCCCGCUUCAGGCCCAGUGCGUACACUUGGUUGAAGAAGAGGGGGAAAGAGAGGAGGCGGAGGCGGAGCAGCAGCGCGACGGCCUUGAGAGCAAGCCAGUAUGGGUUGCGAACGGGCAGCUGCAGCAGCAGCCAUGGAAGGCUACAAGCGCUGCUCCACGGCCGCAGCAUUGGCACGCAAAUUUUGUGGACGUCGCCGCGCCGGAAACGCCGCGGGAAGAGGCGGCCGGGCCAGUGGCGACCACGACAGCCGCCCUCGUGUCGCGGCCGGUGCGCGCUGGUGCGUCAGCAGACGUGGCGGUGGCUGGUUGGUACUGUGGGCUGCCCAGCCCUUUGCGCUGGGCGAGCAACCUUGCGGCGCGUGCUCGUGGUCGUGUCGUGGCGGCGCGAGCCUAGAUCAGGGCUUCGGCGCCCGUAAGGCUGGGUACGGCCGUACAUGCUGGUACUGUGUUCCAGCGGAGGAUUGAUUAUGGGUUGGCUGUGAUUGAUUGGUUAUUCGCUGACGCUUAAUCAGUCAUUAGCAUCGUAGCAUUCAUAGCGUAGCACAAUUGGUGAUGCUCCGAACUAAUUUCUAUUCAUUUGUUGGCUGGGUCGACUGUGUGACACUCUGUUGGGUCGCCGGUUCCUCAACGCACUCUCUUAUAAAGGGACGAGGGAUGGGCGAAGCACUGAGCUGUGGGGCGGGGCAAAACAACUAGGGCGAGACAUGCCAUGGUGAUGUUUGUGGUAGCGGAAGGAAGCACAGGCGAUGCUUCUUGGACAACAUUCUUUUCGGGCACACGAUGAUGGGUUUAUGUUUGGAUUACAGAUCACGACCUAGUACGGUGAGUGUUUCAGGAGGUGCAAGGAAGGAGCAAACACGCAUGCUCGUGUCUCCAGUGCGAUGCGUGUGCGGUUGUGAGCGAGGCCACAUGUGGCAAGAGGAGCUGAGUGGUGAAGCAGACAUGUGAGUGAUUACAAGGCAAGGGUCCUAGCAACUUGACAGAAGCUCCAGAGACCUCGAACGCAGAGCGAAGGUAGAGUCAACUCGUGCAGGACAACUUAGAUUGGCUGGUUUGUCAAAAGCUCUUUGGCCAUUUGCUGGGUUUAUGUAUGGUCUGGGCACCAGAUGGCCAGCAGGCACGCGCCCUGGGCGUGGCUGGGUGCGGAUCCAAGGGGGGCAAUGCGGUCAUGCGUACUCAACUGCUAAUUCGUACACACGUAAUCUUCACCCCGGUUAGCGCACAUGCUUGAGUGCUGUGCCGCAUAUGGGUAAAAUGUUCUGAGCUGACUUAGGUUCUCGUAUCGUCGGACGUUGCAGACAGAGUUGUGCAGGGAGAACGGUGUGUGUGUGUGUGUGGGGGGGGGGUUAACUCUGAACCA